AUGACUAUGGCGCUCCAUCCCCAUCUGAAUUUUCCUCUCGACGAGGUCACUGGCCUGCUCACCAAGAUAUGCCAGAUUCAAAGGGAGAGAUAUCUCGACCUCCCAGAGUAUGCAGGCGCCAUCGACAGGGCCUCAACGGCAUUGAUCAACUUUUUUGACGCAUACAUGGUCAUUCUCAAGCAGCGAGAAUUCAUUUACGCUAUCACCACGGUAGUCAUGCAUUACCGUAUCCUCAAGAUGUGCGUGUCCCUCCCCAUGUUCCCUCCCACGUAUGAUCUUCUUGUCGAUUUGCUACAUUCGGCAUGGAGGUUGAACGAGGAUCAAGGAUUGAUGGAGGACAUUUUGAGCUGGCGAACACCUCCAGCUGUUGCUUCUGGAGGCAGCCAUGUCUGCUAG